CUUUGGCCUAGGCUCAGUGACACAAGUAUGCUGAAAGAACGAGGAGUACUUGUGGCACCUUAGAGAUUAACAGAUUUGAGCAUAAGCUUUCAUGGGCUAAAACCCACUUCAUCGGAAACAAGUAUGCUGAGUGUGUUGCUGUAACCUCUGUUCUUGCAGGCAGCUGUAUUAGUACUUGCCUCUGCUUAUUACAUUUUGUAUUUCCACUGGCCUGAAAGGAGCUGGUUACAGUUCUGGCUGGUGACGUACCAAGAUCAAGGAGCUUCCAAACCCUGUCUUCUCUGAGCAUGACUGCACUGCCGAAUAAUACAGGGAUGAAUUCAUAGAAGAUAGAGAGAAAAGAGCUGUUAGAUCAAGUGCUCCAUCUUUCUGCAGAGCAGGGAAGCUAGUGUCCUUUACCCAGGUUGCUGCCCAUGCAAGAGACAAGCCUGGUUUUCAUGGCCCCAUCCUGAACCUCCAGAGUCCAAGCAGCCCCAGUGUCUUUGUGGACAGCGCCACAUCAUAAGGUGGCAACAUGUCUCAGAGAUGGCAACCUCAGCACUGCCCAGAAAAUGCAGUUGACCACUGGAAGGAAGUAUGUGAAGUUUAUUUCUAAACAAGAUGGUGUCUGGAGGACCAAAUAAACUUUUGUGGACCACUGAAGCCGAAAGAUUUAAUUACAUGACAUUAUUUUUGUCUCUUCACCGUGUGGUUCAGUACUAAGUCAACGUUGCUUUAUGUUAAGACCAAACAGUAGUCUCCUGACAUCAACAUGUCAUCUGUAACAAACACUCAGACUCUGGUGGGUUUUGAUCCUCCUGUCCUUGAGGAAAAGUCAAAGGGGAAAUCAUUAUUUCAGUUGGGCCCCCUCUUUGCUAGCAGGAGUGAGAAAUUUGUGAUUGCCAGGAGUGACAGUGUACCAGAAGAAAAUGUACUGAAAAUAACCAUCACCGAGACUACAGUCAUUGAGUCUGACUUGGGCAUCUGGAAUUCUCAUGCUCUGAUCUACCUCACAUUGUGGUUUUUCUUCAGCUUUUGUACCCUUUUUCUUAACAAAUACAUUCUUUCACUGCUGGAAGGAGAGCCCAGCAUGCUAGGUGCUGUUCAGAUGCUUUCAACCACUUUCAUUGGCUGUAUAAAAAUGUUUGUUCCAUGUUGUUUGUACCAGCACAAAACACGUCUCUCUUACCCUCCCAAUUUCAUCAUGACAAUGCUGUUUGUUGGACUGAUGAGGUUUGCAACAGUGGUUUUAGGUCUAGUGAGCUUGAAAAAUGUGGCUGUUUCAUUUGCUGAAACAGUUAAAAGCUCUGCACCUAUUUUUACUGUCAUUAUGUCCCGGAUGAUUUUAGGGGAAUACACUGGAUUGCUGGUGAAUCUGUCUCUCAUUCCUGUCAUGGGAGGAUUAGCUCUAUGUACAGCCACUGAAAUCAGUUUCAACAUUCUGGGUUUUUCGGCAGCUUUGUCUACUAACAUCAUGGACUGUUUGCAAAAUGUUUUUUCCAAAAAGCUGCUCAGUGGAGACAAAUAUAGGUUUUCUGCUCCAGAACUUCAGUUUUACACAAGUGCUGCUGCAGUUAUUAUGCUCAUUCCAGCUUGGAUAUUUUUCAUGGAUGUGCCAGUGAUUGGGAAAAGUGGAAGGCGUUUCAGUUACAACCAAGAUGUCAUUGUACUGCUCCUAAUAGAUGGAGGCUUGUUCCAUUUGCAGAGUGUUACAGCAUAUGCCUUGAUGGGAAAGAUUUCUCCUGUAACUUUCAGUGUUGCUAGUACAGUGAAGCAUGCGUUGUCAAUCUGGCUAAGUAUUAUUGUGUUUGGUAACAAAAUUACAAGCCUCUCAGCCAUUGGGACAGUUCUAGUAACAAUUGGCGUUUUGCUAUAUAACAAGGCAAAACAACAUCAGCAAGAAACAAUACAAAGCCUGGCAGUGGCAGCCCCACAACCCUCACAGAGCACAACUGAAGAUACCAAGCCACUAAUAUCCAAGGAUUUAAAGCCAUAUGAUUGAUACGGCUCUUAAUUCUUCCACCACAACCUGACACAACUCAGAGGAACUUUGUCUUAAAUGGAUGCUACCCAAGCUGUUGACAAUGCUUGGUUUCUUUGAAUUCACAACAGGUGAAAGAAUGGACUUUGCUGCAGAGAGGGGGAAAAAAGGAGAAGAUCCUAUAAGCCCUGGUUUACUAGAAACUGACAUGUAGAACAGAAGACCAAGAGUAAUCCAGCAUGGUAAACAUUGGCUUCAUACUCCUUCCUUGACUCUGCAAAUAAAUAACAAGACUAUAUUGGAGAUAAAACUUCAGUGUCAGAUGGAAAAAUAACUUGUACCCCAGCCCCACCAAAGUAAUGUGAUAACAUGACCCAUCCCUGUUUUCUGCAUGCUUGCAGUAGGAUGAAACUAGUGCAUAGGAAAAAGAUGUCUAGUUGCCACUUUUCGUAAACAUCCUAGACUGUUUGUGUGUGUGGUGAGGAUCUGGAAGAAAGCACUUUGAAAGACAAAAUCAGUCAUUUUUGUUUACACAGCUGUUAGUGUAAACUAUGAAUAUGAGCAGCUACUCUUGAGUAUAAAGCCAGCAAAGAGAAUUUGUGCUUUCCUUUGAAAUUUUCUAACAACUGGAGCAUUGCAGUUUGCCUGGGUGCCGACCAUAUUCAUGUGUCUGCAAAACUGAAACACACACACAUGCCUAUAUACUAGGAGUCAACACAAAUAAGUAUAGUUGCUAUCAGGCAAAAACCACUGGAAAUUUUCAGAAAUAAAUGAGGCAUCAGCAUUUCCAUAGUAAGUACUGUCUUAAUUUUAGAAAUAAAAAAGUUUCCUUUGCAUUGUAAUUUAUCAUAAAAUAUUUUAAGGCAAGCGAGGAAUGAGUUUGAUUUUUCUUUUUUUAAUUUAUAGGAAAGCAGUAAAAAAAAUAGACUUCUUGAAACUCGGGGCUACUCCUCUAUCUUUAGCUUUUGUGCUCAAGUAUUUUAGUAUGUCCUCUUACAGUGAUAAGAAGUCAGAGUGGAUAGAGUUUAAGGGUAGAGUUUUAACCUUAAACUGAGAAUAUUCUGGCAUCUGUUUCUUUUAACAGGAUUUUUUUUUUUAAUUUUGCAUGAUAUAGUAUUAAAAAAAAUUCAGUGCUUUGAGAGAAAGAAGGUAGAAAGCUUCAGCUUCAUUUUGAUUAUUUCACAUUUAAAAAAUGCUAAAUCUUUCUUCAUUGUUGUCAGGAUUACAGCAUAGGCCUCUCUCUCCAUAGGGCAGCCACGGUCAUUCAUCAAGAUUUAGAAAUUUCCUACAGUAACUGGUGUAGUCCUGGUUUUACCUAAUGUUAGUGAAACCCAAAUCAGUGCCAUGAAGCACAGUGUAUCAUGCCAUCGGCAUGUCCUAACUUUUAUCAGACAAAAAUAUAGCAACUUGCUCUGUGUAUAGUCAGAUUUAUCUCUCAAACAGUGUGGAAAAAAAUAGAAUCCUACUAAAGAUGUAGUUACUAGAUAAGUACUGUCUUAAAAAACUAAGACGUUUUAAAGUAAAAUUAAAAUGUCUUUUACAAGUGGUGGAUUUGCUCACUUAUAUAGGGCUUUUAAUAUAAAAGAAAUUGCCCUUUCAACUGCUAACAAUAAGUUAUUUUCUCCAGUAGACCAAACCAUUAAACUACAAGUAACAAACCCAUGUAAGAUGCAAUCUGGGGAUCAUGAAGUGUUUGGGCUGUGAAAAAUUGGGAACAAAAAACAAAGCUAAGGUAUUAUUCUCAAAGUGUUAAUCCUUUUUGCCACCUACACACUAAUGUUUGCACUAGCUUUAUGUCUGCCCAUCUGACAUGAUCUGGAGAGUGGUCUGUGCUGUAAGGUCAGGGAUAUUGGGUCCACACCCAAACAAAGCUAUUCACUGUUUAAAAAUCCAGUAGUUAAUGUAGAGUGGACGUGCUGCAAUAUAAAACUGUUUCCUUUUAGCUGUUAGAUAUAACUUGCAGUUGUAGUUGUCUGUUUAGACCAGUUUACUUAUUUGGGCAAAUCUGCUGCAUGUCUAGAUCCCUUUAGGGAAAUAAAAAAUUAAGCUUAGAGUUCUGUAUGCUAGCUUCAGAAGAGUCUGUCUAUAUGAAAGAGCCUACCAUCUAUCCCAUAAUAAGUUGAGCAUAGUCAGUAGAAUUUAUUGGACACAUUCUGCACAUAGCCAAUUGGCAUAUGUUUCCAGCCUGGCACUCUAUUUUUCUCAUCUACACAAGGGACAAACAGAUCUGUAGCUCCAUUUGCCUUGUGACAGCUCAACAUCUAGCCAAAUAAACUAUGUGAAUGAGCCAAAUUUUUGAUGAAUGUCAGCUAGAUGCAAAGCCCUAGGUAAAGCUGUGCACUAUGUGAGAUCUAGCUCAUUUUUAAGUUCUGCCUUCCAAUAGUUUGAUUUAGCAUUCUGCCAAGAAUUUACAGUUGCAAUUUCACUGAGAUUUUCAAAGACCAGUAUCACUUCUUGGCUUACAUAAAGGUAGAUAAUUGUCAAUAAUUGUGCAUGGAAUCAAUAUUUUGACUAUCUAACAUAUUUUUUUUGGAAAGUACACAUCUUCCAUCAACUGCCAUUUUAAGAUGUUAUAUAAGUGGCUUAAUGAAAGCAUUGAUUUUUUUUUUUUAAGCUUGUCCUGAUGUAAGUUACCCAACGCAUUAUUUUCAUUGCCGGUUUCUUUUUGGUUGCAUAUGCCUUUUUGUUAAUGAGAAAAUAUGUGAACUGCAUGCAAAGAUUGCUUGGAUUUGGAUCAUUAGGUGGCUCAACAGUCAGGCAUUUGAGGUCCAUUAAACUCCAAGAACAGAGUUCUUUAAUAUUCUCUCUUUGGAAAACAUGACAAAUUUCCUGUUACCAAAGAGUAUAAUAUGUUUGUUUGAAAACCAAAGGACAUAUCCUUAUUUUGCAUGCAUGGUUUUAGUGCAUCAGAAUAAAUAUAUAGCCUUGGAUUUCUGGAAUGUCAUAGGGCCUUCAACUAAACCAUUGUGUAAAUACCUAGCUAAUUUGACAAGGAUGGUGAUACUGAAAACCACAGGGUAAACAAAAAUCACAGCAGGCUAGGGCAGGUAUUUAUUUUAAAAUCUCCGCCCCCCCCCCCCAACCCUAGUAUGGCAUACUGAUGCUUGUCUGAAGGGACCAACUGACUUGCAAAUAUAAGGAAACAGAUAGUUCUGCAUUUUGUAUUUUAACUAUGAUGAUACUAUCCCCAGAACUACAUAUCCACCAUCUGAAGAUGUGGUGGUUAAAGCUGCUGUCAGACAAUGAUUAUUAUAUAUAUUAAUCUCCCCAUGGAUAUAAAAUGCUGGGUUAAUUGUAAUUAGGUUGUGACCAUUUCAUGUUGAAUCCCUUUCUCCCCUUAUGACUAGUGAUCCCAGUGUUCUAGCCACGCUGCAAUUUGAUCUUUCUCUAACUUUCCUAUAAAAAUCUGAGUAGCAUUUGUCGCACAAGUGAAUUACUGUGAAGACUCCAUUAUAUUGCAUUGACUCUGCUGACUGGAUUUUAGAAUAGGUGACUUACUUAAGCAGCCAUAAGGAAUAAUACUUUAUUCAAAUAUGAAUCAAAGCUGAUAUUUUUGUUUGUUUUUUAAAAGGCAAUUAUAGCUCAUGGCCCAUUCCUGACUUUUAUUCAGGUUAUUUUUUGCGGAUUAUUUUCCCUGUGUUUUCAUCUUUUAGUGGGUGUAGGUUAGGGAUGUAAAUACUGUUUAAAAAGUAAACCGUUUAAACUAUUAAAAUUAUAUUGUUUAAUCGGUUAACCUAUUAAACAGAGAGGCGCUGGGGUUGGCUGGUCGGCCCGGGGCUGGGGCCAAGGUCAGCUGGUCCGGGACUGGGGCCACUCCAGCUGGCUGGCCCGGGGUUGGGGGUUAACGGUUAGGGUGGGUUAACCAGUAAGACUAACGCUUACUGGUUAACCAUUUAAUAUUUUAUAUCCCCAGUGUAGGUGCUUUAAGUUUACCCUCAUACCAAUAGCAAGGGGAUAGGUGUCUUGAAAAUAACUCGGACAUUUUUUUUUCUCUUGUUCUUUUCCCAACCACUGCAGAUCUCUAUAAUCACUCUUGUGUUUGUCUUAAGGAAUGAAAGUGCUCCCAAGCCCAGCCCAACAUGAUGCCUCAGAACUGGGGUGGAUAUUUAGCCUUUCUUUUCAACAUAAACUUCAAACCGGAAUGAUUAUAAUGGAGUCAUACAGUGGGAUAAACUGAGUUUCUCUUGCAGCAUAGCAUGUAAAGGGUGGUGGUUUUCUUUUGGAGGUCAUGGAAGCCUGGUCUGUGUGUUAAGCAAAGGCAUUGUGCUUUUCCCUCUCAACUCCAUAGUCAGUUCUGUUUUCUAACUUAUCACAUAAGUAGCUCCUGUCUCCUUUUGAAUGGAUAUUAGGACUUAUCUUAGCCACUGUGUGGGUAGGGCCAUGUGGGCAAAAAAGCCAGAUUUGUAUUUGGUAAGCUAGUAUCGCUGCACAUUUGAGGCAUGAAUCAGCAUUGGGUGUCAUGGAAUUUACAAUCCUAUAAAUAUGAACACCUGUCCAUUUUUUUUGCAUACACUGUAUGGGUAACAUUACAUAGGGUUGUCUGAUUUUAGGGUCUUAUUCAGCUAAAAUGGGCAGUGAGGCAAUAAGCCUGCAAAAUCCACACACUUGGCAUCUAAUUCACCUAAAAACAAAAUUAUAUCUUGCAAUUGUGGCUCAGACUUGCAAAUAAUUCAUGAAGCUUUUUAAGCCUCUUCUGGAAAGCUGAACACGUCAUGCCUAUUUAAGCAGCAUUUUACUAAAUUAAUGGAGCUUCUGGAACCACAUUUUGCUAGUCAAAUUAGUAACUCUAAGAAAAUAUGAGUCAAACUACACCAGCUGGGCAGCUCCUCUUCUAACUGUUUUUAGGAGAGAAUCAAAUGACUUCUUCUCUAUUCUAUCAGUAAGGGAUGGAGAAGAGAAGGAGGAGCAGGACACCAGAAAUGGUCAUCAGUAUCCACUUUGAGAGAAUUUCAGUUCCUGAACUGCAGUAAGGCAAGGCUUGCUGGAAGCCUCAGAAAGCUGCUGUGGUUCAGCACCCCCAGAGCCAAGUUUUUGCUAACUAGUCAUUGAUCAGGAGAAAGAAUCAGUGAAUUGCCAUUUCAAUGCAGGCAGAUGGAUCUAAAUGAAGAUUUAAAUAAGUGUGUUACAGAAGAGAGGAAUUUAUAAAGUGGGUAAUAGUAGGGUGAAAAGACAGCAAGUGAGAAAAAUUGGAACCCUUUUUUUUCCAGGGGAAACGAGAUAGUUGUGUAUGUAAGACAGAGCCCCUAAUAUCAGGAUGGUCCCGAUAAUAUCAGGAUGUCUGGUCACUCUAGCUAAGGGUAUUGGCUCACCAUUCAGCAGCCCUUUAAAUGGAAGAUACCUUAGUGUCUGAGAAACUUGAAAACACAGUAGCUCUAAUUGCUGCUUCUAUGUCAGGGCCAAACCUUUAUGUAUUUGAUACCAAACUACAAAUGUUGGACUGAAAAACACUGUACAUAUUAUUUUGUAGGUAUUUUGUAUAGUCACAAUUCCAGUAUUUAUGUAAGGUAGGACAUUUGAGUACUUUCUAAAAAGAAAUAAAAUCCAUCAUGCAUAAUCAAUUAAAUAUAACUGUUAAUUCUGUUUGUAAUACAUAUCUGAUCCUGUGGAUUCCAAUCAUGAUUGUUCCUGUGUAUGAUGAAAACAGACGUGAUUAAACAUCCUAGUUUUUUACUUAUUCUCGAAAAGAAUAAAAUUAAUGUAUAAUGUUUUUAUUAUUCUAAGAAAAAAAUAAAAAAUUCCAUCAUGUAAA